UCAAUAUUUGACAUUGACAGGUCUGGGUUACUAUCAGACAGAUUUGCGCAGUGUAUUCUUUAUUUCUUUGGAUUUUUACCAAAAAAUCCUUACAUAAAUAGUAAAAUGUUGACUAGAACAUUAGCCUCACGGGCUGUUCUGCUAAAAGCCUUUAAAAAUGCUGCAGAUAACGUGAAACAAGCUAAAAGAAACUCAGGCCAUGGUACAUGGUCAUACCGAGUACCACCACCCAUGCCGUCUAGGAAAUCUGUCUUAUUAGCUGAGGGUCUUGGAGCAGUGGCCUGGUGGUGGAUCUUUUGGCAUCUCAUUACGGAACCAGACCAUGUCUUUGGUGAAUUUCCAUAUGUUGAUCCCGGAUCCUACACCGAUGAGGAACUUGGCAUACCACCUGACUCCGAAGGCUCAUUGAGGAAGUGAACAUGAAUAUAAAUAAUUUGUAGUACUUUUUUCUGUUGAUGUUAAUUAAAUUAUGUAAAAUAAUCUAUAGGCUUAUUUGUUUGUUGUUUCCUUUAAUGAACAAUAUUUUAUAUGAUAGGAUGUAUCGGGUCACUUUGUCAAAUGAAAUGGAAUAAAUAUUAAACUUGGUAACUA